AUGGAGGUCCAAAGCGCGACGGCGACCGACGACCGGGGCCCGCGGAUCACGGCGGUGAUGCUCACGCUGACGAGCAUCUCGAGCGUGUUUGUCAGCCUGCGGCUGUACACGCGGGCGGUGAUCAAGAAGGGCCUGUGGGCGGAGGACUACAUCAUGGCGCUGGCGCUGGUGACGUCGUGGGGCGAGGCGGGGCUGAACGUGGUGGCGGUGCGGCACGGGCUGGGACGGCACAUGUGGGACCUGACGCGCGAGCAGCGGCGCGGCGCGCAGCUGUGGAGCAUCCUGGGCUCCGUCACGGGCGUCUUCGGCCUCGGCCUGCCCAAGAUCGCCAUGGCCGCCAUGCUGAACCGCGUGCUGCUCGCCGGCUACUGGAGCUCCAUGGCCUCGUGGUUCCUCAGCAUCAUGAGCAUGGUCAACUUCACCGUCGCCAGCAUGUUGAUCCUGUUCCAGUGCGCCACGCCCCAGAAGGCCGUGUGGGCCCGCGACCCGGACAACGAGUGCUACAGCAUUCGCCUGGUCAUUGGCAUAUUAUUCUCUGCUUUUGGCGAUCUUUACUUUGCCGUCUGGCCAGCCCUUGUAGUCUCCAAGCUGUACAUCAGCAGGCCAAAGGCACUCGGGCUAAGCUGUGCGCUCGGCCUUGGAAUCAUGUGGGUCAAGCAUGUUUUGAAAACCGAACCUCAAAGAGUCAAAACCAAAGCUUUUGCAGGCACUAACGCAAACAAGUGCCUGCGGCGUCGCUGGAUACAAAACGACGCUGUUGCCACUUUUGGCAGACCCGGAUAUUCUUUCGCCGAGUCGGCAGCACUGCUCACCUGCUCCUCCAUCCCCUUCCUGGCCCCGAUAUGCCGCGUCUUCGCCAGGUGGUUCAGCCGGACCAAGGCCCGCGCCGGCGACGGCGACGUGGACUCGGUGCCCGACCUCGUGCAGAGCCUGGGCCGCGACCAGCGCCUCCACCACCGCGCCCUGGACACCGAGUCGGGCCUGGCCGCCCUGCGCAGCACGCCCCGGCACCGCCACAGAUCCAUGCUGCGGCCGCUCACCCCGUCCAGGGCCGACUGACGUGGAAAGCCGACAGGGUGCGUGUUAC